AUGGCGGGACGGGCCGCGAUGCGAACCCCUGAACCGCCCGACCGCGACGAACGCGAAGAUUCGCCACCGCGACUGGCGAGACCGAAACGCACCACCCGACCACCGAACAACUUCGCUCGUGAGCAGGAAAUUGAUAUCGAACAGAGGAAGACGCGUUCCCAACAGAAGAAGACGCCAAUCGAGCAAGAAGAACGUAUCUCGGUAACUGCGGGCGACUCCUCGGCCGAGGAUGAGAACCUGAGCAUCGCCAGUAUCGUGAAGGAGCUGGUAAGACUCAGGAGAGAGAUCAGACAACGAGACGAAUCGCACAAGGAAGAACUUCGAAAGGUCAAAGAAGAGUUCAGUGCCGCCUUUGCAGAAGUUCGGCAGGAGCUACAGACGCUGACAGACACAUGCGCAAUACCACAAAUCCACCCUGAGGCAUGCUCUCGGGACAAUCAUGACGAGGUUCUUCGUGAGAUCCAGACUCUGCGCGAGGAAAUUAGCGUCCCUGCGCCCACGAGUUCCCCGUCCUACGCAGCGAUUGCCCGUGCUCCCCCGCUCAGCCACCCGAACAACAUACGGGCUCCCCCAGCGCGGAACACAAGACCAACUACUCUCACAGAGACGCUGUACUGUACGAUAGACACCUCGAAGAUGAUGGAGGAGAACAACGAGAAAAUAUCCGCGGGCCUGAUUAGGACCACAAUCGAGACCAAUGUCUGGACAAUGGAAAAUCACACUCAGUGGCGCUGUCGCGCGGUCACGGUGGAUCCAAGAAAUACUAACCGAAUCCGAAUCGCCUGCCGUGAUGAAGACGAACAUCAGCUAGUGAAACAAGUGGCAGAAACGAAGAUCGGGGCAGGAGCCCGGGUGCUGCGGGACGAGUUGUACCCGAUCAAGGUCGAUAGCGUCAAGAGAGCGGCAGUACUGGAUGAGAACCACAAUGUCUUAGCAGGAGCGGCGGUAGCCCUGGGCGAAGAGAAUGAAACCACGGUCACCAAGAUCGCAUGGCUCAGCAGCAAGGAAGCCACGAAGCCUUAUGGAUCGAUGAUCGUGUACCUAACGAAAUCAACUGACGCGCGGAGACUCCUGGCUGAUGGGUACUUCCACGUCGGAGGAGAAUCCGGGACAACCAGCAUCUUCGAUGCAGGAAUGCCCAGAGAUGCGCAAAGUGCGCCGCAGAAGGCCAUCGCCACAGUAGCUGCGACCAGACAGUUCCGAAGUGCGUUCUAUGCGGGGGCCCUCACGAAUCGUUCAGCAGGAGUUGUCGGAAGCUCUACCCGCCACGCAAUGAAUAAAACGCUCCGAGUGAUGCGGCUUAAUGUGAGGAAACAGGGUGCAGUGCAUGACAGUUUGAUGAACGAUGAAGAGACACAGGACGCAGUGGCACUAGCGAUCCAGGAACCCCAGGCGAGGAGGAUUCAAGGCCGGCUCUUGACCACCCCGAUGGGGCAUCAUAAAUGGACCAAGAUGGUUCCCUCCACGUGGAGGGAAGGGAGAUGGGCGAUCCGAAGCAUGCUGUGGGUCAACAAGGAUGUGGAAGCGGAGCAAGUGCGGAUCGAGUCGCCGGACUUAACGGCGGCCGUUAUUCGGCUUCCCGAGCGACGGAUUUUUAUCGCAUCAGUUUAUGUAAAAGGAGGGGACGCCUCCGCAUUGGACGAUGCAUACGAUCACCUCCGAAAAGCAAUCACUAAAGUACGGCGAGACUCGGGAACGGUGGUGGACACCAUGAUUAUGGGAGACUUUAACCGCCAUGAUCAACUGUGGGGAGGAGACGAGAUGUCCCCGGCCAGGCAAGGCGAAGCGGAUCCGAUCAUCGACCUUAUGAAUGAAUUUGGACUCAGCAGCCUGCUUAAACGAGGCACCAAGACAUGGCACGGCGGAGAAUAUUCGGGGGACUGCGAGUCGACGAUCGACCUCGCUCUCGCUUCGGAAAACCUGACGGACUCGAUGAUCAAAUGUGCGACGGACAAACUGCUACUCAAGAAUGCACCGUGGAAAGAGAUCAAUGCUAGAAUCGCGAGGACGCUAGCUGCCACUCCGGUGGAAGGCUCUGUACAGCAGAAGACCGAUCGGCUUAUGUGCGCGGUGUCGGAAGCGGUUCGUGCGUUGACGCCGAAGGCCAAGCCGUCACCGCAUGCAAAGCGAUGGUGGACGGCGGACCUGACGCAACUCCGUCAGAUAUACACAUACUGGAGAAACCACGCCCGCUCGGAAAGACGCGCAGGACGAAAGGUGCCACAGCUAGAGGACAUGGCCACAAGCGCCGCGAAGCAAUACCAUAACGCAAUUCGGAAACAAAAGAAGAGACACUGGAACGAGUUUCUGGCCGACAACGACAACAUCUGGAAAGCUGCCAGGUAUCUGAACGCAGGGGAAGAUACAGCCUUCGGGAAGGUACCGCAGCUCCUCAGAGCAGAUGGAACGGUUACCACCGAUCAUAGGGAGCAGGCAGAAGAACUACUAACCAAAUUCUUCCCGCCGCUGCCGGACAGCAUUGACGAUGAGGGAACCAGGCCACAAAGAGCGGCGGUAGAGAUGCCGACCAUCACCAUGGAAGAGGUAGAGCGGCAGUUGCUCGCAACGAAGUCUUGGAAGGCGCCAGGCGAUGAUGGCCUACCAGCCAUAGCGUCACUGGAAGAAGGCACGCUGCCGAAACAGUGGAGACACGCAAAGAUCAUUCCGCUGAGAAAACCGAACAAGGAAGACUACACCAUUGCCAAGGCAUGGAGGCCAAUCUCACUGCUCGCGACGCUAGGCAAAAUCCUGGAGUCAGUGGUGUCAGAAAGGAUCUCGCACGCAGUGGAGACCCACGGCCUGCUCCCAACCAGCCACUUUGGGGCUCGUAAGCAGCGGUCCGCGGAGCAGGCACUCCUGCUCUUGCAAGAGCAAAUCUACGCGGCGUGGCGAGGCCGACGGGUCCUAAGCUUGAUCAGCUUCGAUGUCAAAGGGGCCUACAAUGGGGUUUGCAAAGAGCGACUGCUGCAAAGGAUGAGGGCACGAGGCAUACCGGACGGCCUUCUCCUCUGGGUCGAGGCGUUCUGCUCUGAACGGACGGCGACCAUCCAGAUCAAUGGGCAACUGUCGGAGGUUCAGGACCUGCCACAGCCUGGACUGCCUCAGGGCUCGCCCCUGUCUCCAAUCCUAUUUCUCUUCUUCAACGCCGACCUCGUGCAGAGACCAAUCGACGGCCAAGGAGGACCAAUUGCCUUCGUGGAUGACUUUACCGCGUGGGUGACAGGGCCAACCGAGAAGAGGAGCGGAGCAACUUUUGAAGCAGACAAAACGGCGAUCAUACAGUUCGCACCCAAGGCUCGCAAAGUGGAUCAAGAGCCGUUCACUGUCAAGGGACAGACGGUCGAGCCUAAGAACAAGGUCAAAAUCCUGGGGGUCCUGAUGGAGACGCGACUGAAGUACAAGGAGCAUAUUGCAAGAGCAGCAUCCAGGGGCUUGGAGGCCGCGAUGGAGCUACGACGGCUUCGAGGCCUCUCCCCAGCGACUGCACGGCAGCUCUUCACAGCGACCGUGGCUCCGGUGGUGGAUUAUGCGUCGAAUGUUUGGAUGCAUGCAUUCAAGAAUAAGAACAUCGGACCGAUCAACCGAGUGCAAAGGGUAGGAGCACAAGCAAUUGUGGGAACAUUCCUCACACUUGCGACCAGCGUAGCGGAGGCCGAGGCCCAUAUUGCCACAGUACAGCACCGAUUCUGGAGACGAGCCGUGAAGAUGUGGGCAGAUCUCCACACACUGCCAGAAACCAAUCCUCUUCGCAGAAACACAGAUCGGAUCCGGAAGUUCAGGAGAUACCACCGCUCGCCACUAUAUCAAGUAGCGGACGCGCUGAAAAACAUCGCGAUGGAAUCACUGGAAACCAUCAACCCAUUCACACUGGCCCCAUGGGAAGCACGCGUGCAGACUGAUAAGCCUAUUUCUGAGGGAUCAAUUCUGGUCGGGUUUGGAGUGGCGAUCGAGAAACAACCACCCCGCUAUCGGAAAGUGAGACUGAAGACCAUGUCCGUCACGUUGAGUGCGAGAACAGAGCAAAAUCCAUUUUCCGCGGAGCUGGCGGCAAUGGCGCAUACACUCAAGACACUCGUGGAAUUGAAAGGCUUUAGGAUCACACUGAUCACGAGCAACAAAGCGGCGGCUCUCACGUUGACGAACCCUCGACAACAGUCGGGCCAGGAAUUUGUCUGUCAAAUCUACAAGCUUGUGAGACGACUGCAGAGGCAUGGAAAUCAUAUUAGCAUCCGGUGGAUCCCCACUAGCGAGGACAACAAACUGCUAGGUCUCGCAAAAGAUCAAGCUAGAGCUGCGACGCAAGAAGAUACUAUCCCGCAAAGACAGGUUCCCAAUAUGAAAUUGACGACUCUAAAGAUUGCGCGUGCCCAAGCGAUCCCCAGCAGUGACCUCCCCGAGAGCAUCGGAAAACAUUCCAGACGACUGGAUAAAGCCCUUCCAGGAAAACACACGCGACAGCUGUAUGACCGAUUAUCGUGGAAAGAGGCGAGCGUGCUGGUCCUGCUCCGCACGGGCAUGGCAAGACUCAAUGGAUAUCUCUUUCGAAUCAAUGCCGCCGAGACAGAUCAAUGUGCAUGUGGACAAGCAAGAGAGACGGUGGACCACUUUCUCUUUCGAUGUCGGAAGUGGACCGCGCACCGGACGGAAAUGCUGCAAUGUACCCACACUCACCGAAGUAAUAUCUCCUUCUUCUUGGGUGGAAAAUCGCCCUCCGAUGACCAGAAGUGGACGCCCAAUUUGGAUGCAGUGCGAGCCUCAGUACGGUUUGCCAUCGCUACGGGCCGACUUGAGGCCACUUAG